AACAUUGAGAGCGAACUCCAAAAGUGACUACUGAAAUGGCUACUAGUAAUCAUGUUGUGAACGGUGAUGAGAAGUUUGCUCGUAACAGUUAUCUCGGUCCACUAGAUGAGCCCGCUCCUACCAGAGCGUCAUGGGGUCGACCACUAGAGUUUAUACUGGCUUGUCUGGGCUACGCAGUUGGCUUGGGAAACGUCUGGAGGUUCCCUUACUUGUGCUACAGAAAUGGCGGAGGAGCCUUUCUCAUCCCAUUCUUCCUGAUGUUGGUCUUCAUAGGCCUGCCACUAUUCUAUCUUGAAUUAUACAUCGGACAGUACACUGGAAUGGGACCUUUGGACGCCUUCACAGCCAUAUCCCCAUUUUUCACUGGACUUGGAUAUUGUACUAUGGUCGUCAUAUCAAUUGUAUCCAUCUACUACAUGGUUAUUGUGGCGUGGACCCUCUUCUACACUAUUGUCUCCAUUGCUGGUUAUCUCGACUGGGGCUCGUGUUUUAACGAUUAUAAUACCGACUUUUGUUACAGUGGCUCUUAUGACAAGGGAUGCCGGGAGAACAACACUGGUGCAAUGACUGAUCGGACAUUCUUCAGGCGAACCUGCGUUUCUAUUGGAGAAAUAUGCACCAUUACUAACUUCCAGCCUUUGAAUGGAACACAUUGUUUGAAUAACACAGAACCUAUCGUAUGGUACACUGGUGUCACCAGGACUCUUGCUUCGGAAGAAUAUUAUAACGAACGAGUGCUCGGUAGAGGAGACGCGACAUGGGAAAAUUGGGGCAGCAUUCAGUGGCAUUUGGUCGGGACACUCUUCCUGUCGUGGCUUAUUGCUUUCUUCUGUGUUAUCAAAGGUGUGCAAUCUGCAGGGAAAGUGGUGUACUUCACGGCUCUCUUUCCGUAUGUGAUGUUGACUGCCCUCUUGGUUAGAGGAGUAACUUUGGAGGGGGCCUCCGACGGCAUUUUCUUCUAUCUGUUACCUGAUUGGGAAAUAUUAUUGGAACCCAAGGUCUGGGGUGACGCCGCAUCUCAGAUAUUCUACUCGUUUGGUAUAGCGUGUGGAUCGUUGAUCACACUGGCGUCGUACAACAACUUUACGAACAACUGUCACUUUGACGCAGUGUUUGUGAGCUUUGCCAACUUCUUCACUUCCAUCUACGCCGGUUUCGCGAUCUUCUCCGUGCUCGGGUUCCAAGCGCAACUGAUGGGAGUCAGUGUUGAUGACGUAGCCGAGGAAGGACCAGGCCUUGCGUUCGUGACGUACCCUGAAGCCUUGCUGCAAAUGCCAGUGCCCCAGCUGUGGUCUAUACUAUUCUUCCUCAUGCUGUUCAUCCUGGGAUUAGGAAGUCAGUUUGCUGGCAUUGAAGCGGUCAACACUGCAAUCGUAGACCGCUGGCCGCACCUUCGAAAGUGCUAUUGGAGGGUGACAGCAUUCACUUGCACCUCAUUCUUCAUUCUCGGUCUACCAAUGUGCUUCAGCGGUGGAGUGUAUCUCUUCACAUUAUUGGACUGGAACACAGCAUCCUGGGCAAUUCUCCUCAUUGGCACGGCUGAGUGUGCUGCAGUCGGUUGGAGUUACGGAAUACGACGAGCCAUUGACGACCUUGCUGCAAUGAACAUGAAAAUGAACAAGGUUUUGAGGGUCUACUGGAUGACUUCUUGGACUGUCAUCGUACCUCUUGGGAGCAUCGCUAUCCUUGGUUUUAUAUUCUCUGACUGGAAACCGCCCGCGUAUGAGAGCUACGUGUUUCCAUUAUUCGCUGAUCUGCUCGGGUGGGGUGUAGGCCUGUCUACCCUCAUAUUCUUCCCGGUUGGCAUCGCGUGGGCGUGGUUUAAUGGAUAUCGAGGAAAAACAAUGUUCUCUCCGACGGAUGCGUGGAAACCAGCCAAUGGAGCGCCAGCCCCUCGGUCAGACUCAAUAGUAUCAGUGACCCCGACGCGUGGGGGGCCGUACGACAACUUAGGCUACGUCAUGUGACAGACAAUGACCCUGAUUGGAAAGGGUAAGAUAUGCGUGGACUAUAAUAUGUUACUAUAAUAACUAAAUUACCAUACCCCGUUAAAAUUACUUGAUUAUAAUUAUAGUCGCAGUCGGAUUGUAUAAUCCGUAUGAAUUUACGGUUAGCCGUUUUUCAAUAAAAAAUCAUUGUCAUUUUGUAAUUGGACGGGUUAAUAGUUAGCCGGAUUGUCAUUGCUACAAAUUCUACAAUAUAGCGGCCCACGUUUAGCCGCAUUGUACUAAUUCAACACUGUAGUGUUAUAUUUCCAUGAUACCUUAUAAUUGUAUAAUAUACGGCUGAUUAUAUAAUCCAGUUGCGAUAUACGAGUAUACGUUACGUCGGUCUAACAGAAAGCUGGGUGAAAUGUAGAUACUUAGUUCACCUUCCAAUGGAUGUACCUCUUACUAGCCCAAUUGGGAACUUGGUCAAGUGCUUAUGUUAUGACAACUUAGGGUCAACUUAGGGCCUUAAAACAACUUAGGGUAGGUACGGCACGUGAAAAUGGCCCUACUUAUUAAGAGUAAUAAAUAGGGCCAGCUUUUGUCACGUUACGUACCUAAUUAUGGUACAUAGUUAUCUACUAUUAGCAAUUAUGUUUUAUAUUAGUUUGAAAACCGAACUUGCAACAAUGUUAUGGAUUUAUCUUAAGUGCAGUUUUCACUGACACAGUUGGCACUACCAUUAUAGACGGCGAUACGGCUCACCACCUAUCAUGUUGUUCUAACAGAAAGCUCGGUAAGGU